GAAUUGUGCGUCAAAUUUAGUUUUGGUAAUUGAGAACAACUUUUGUAAAUUGUAAUCGAAAAGCGUUUUUAACGUGGAUAAAUAAAAUCAAUUGCCAAUUGAUACGCCAGCAUGCCGGUGGUGGACCUGACUGUCGAUCGCAAUCUGCUGUGCCCCAACUUCGACGGCUACAAGCUCUCCUUCGAUGCGGUGCCGGUGCUCCGCCAAGGCUUCGAUCGCGAUCCGCUCAAGCUGGAGCCGCACCUGAAUCAAUAUUCGCUGCUGCAUGUGGAGCUCUUCGCCAAACACAAUCUGCUCUUCUCGGAUCCGUGGGCCCGUCACAACAGCUACUACAUGAACAAGGCCCACCAGCUGGUGCUCUGCUCCUACGAUGAGCAGCACGGCCAGCCGCGCGCCCAGCGUGUCGUCUAUACGAUGCGGCGCGAGGAUCACGGCGACGGCUAUCAGCAUCUGGUCGGCGACUACAACUAUACGCUGCGCUUCAUAUCCGAGAAGUACUGCGUGGUGUGCGACGGCAUGCUGACCUACCAUCUGCUGGAGACCGGCGAUCGCAGGCGCGACACCAGCUGGCAGCUGGUCACCCGGUCGCCGGUGACCAGCGACAUGGAGCAGCGCGGCUUUGUGCUAUACGAUGCGCGGCUGGACAUGGUGCAGGAGCGCAAGCAAAUCUCGCUGAUUGGCGGCCAUGUGAGGCGACGCGAGGCCGCAACGCCGCAGCAGGCGGACGUGCAUGUGAUGCAGCUGAUCUGGUCGCGCUGGACGCUGGACAGCCUGCCCGAGGCGGGCUGGUCGUACAAUCUGUGCGAGCAGCUGGAGACGCCCGGCUCCAUAUACUAUUGUGCCUUUGAGCCGCGCGCCGAAUCCCUGAUCGUCUGCUCGAACGGUCAGCUCCAGACGCGGGCUCAGCGCGAUGCGGAGCUAAACGCAGAGCAGGAGCAGGAGCAGUUGGAGGAGCAGGUGAUGGAGGAGGGGCAGGAUGAGGAGGAGGAGGGGCAGGAGACGGCGGAGCAACCGCCGGAGCCAGAGCGUCUGCCCAUACCAAAUCUGGAGGAACCCAUCGAAGAAUGUGACUUUCCAUUGGGCAGCAGCGAUGACGACAUCAAAAUGGUUCGCUUCAAUCUGAGCACAUCCGGGAUUACACACACGAUAUUCCUGGGCGCAAUACCGCCAUUGUUUGCGACCUCGCUGCGCGCCGGGUAUCCGGCGGCAUUUGUGACACGUCAGGGCGUGGACGCGUCCGUUUGGCUGCAAUUGUAUCAGCCGUCGAAGCCGGGCGAGUGGGGUGUGCGGCACGAGGGCAAUCUGCAUGCGUUCGGCUAUGUGCAGGCAUCCAAGCAGCAGCGCAAGUUUAUUGACUGUUGCCCCCAGCUGGAGUAUGCGGUUAUAUCGGAGAGUUAUCGGCAUUUGUUUAUAUAUAAGCCGCGCUACGAUUCCGCCGGGGGAUUGCGCAAUCGCAACGGGCCGCAGGUGGUUAUUGGCAAACAGAAUUUGGUCACACUGGACGACGAUCUGGGCGAGGUGCUCGGUCUGGUAACUGCAACAAAUGUGAUUACGGUGCUCACCGAACAUGCUGUACUCUAUCUACAGGUUUAGUUUGUAUUUAAAAUGGAAAAAAGAAAGAAACAACA